AUGAAGAGUCUGCUUUGCCUGAGUAUUCUACUUUAUGUCUGUGUCCUCCAUAUUAGCGAUGCCAGAGUCAUCCCAGAGGGAGUACCAUAUGAUGAACCACCAGCCGUUCCUUACUGGCCGUACUCCACCUCUGACUUCUGGAACUACAUUGAGUACUUCAAAUCCAUCGGGGCCUACAACCACAUCAAUGAGAUGGCCCGGGCCUUCUUCGCCCACCAGCACUUGGGAAACACGCUGGGCUACGAGACCAACAUGGGGCACGAGCACUGAGGAAAAAGAGAGCAAGCGUUAAUGUAUGGAAUAAAAGGAAUUAGGGAUGUGUAUUAACUUGCAAAGAUAAGUAAAGUUAACGCCGGAAGGUUUGUAUUUUUAAGAAGCAGAAAAUAAUUUCAUGGUUAGCGCGACCAUACUUGUAUACAGUAGAGAGAGGUAGAUUAAGCUAGUAGCAUUUUUUAACAUUAUGAUAUGCAAUGAAAUUGUAAUA